AUGCGUGGCAAAGUAUACACUUAUAAGCCUUCUCCACUCCCAGAAGUGGCCAAGCAGCGACAGGAUGUUGCCAGCCAUGGCAAUCCUCCACCCUUGCAUGGAGCUCCUGCUGUGCAUCAUUCGUCAGGGAGCACUACAAGUGUCCAUGAUGAGGACAAGAGCCCCUCAAGCAGUUACGAGAACCUCAUAUCCUCCGACGAGGAUGAGCCAAACUACCCAACGCCCCCCUGCACUCCUUCGCAGUCCGAACAAGGCGACGAAAUCACGCCGCCUCCUAUUCCUCCGAAGCCAAAACCGACGAAGAAGAACUACAACGUGCCCAAGAUGCCCAAUAUGCUAGAGUUAGAUGAUGGAGGCCAUUGGCAGAUUCCUGUUGGGGAUGGGUUCCUCCACCGAAGCAAGAGGAUAAACCCUACACUUCGGCCAGAUUUGCAGAAUCCCUGCCAUACGACCCGUAGGAAGGCUAAGCUUCUUCGGAGAGCGGGGAUUGAGGUCACUUUGGCAAAGCCGAUGCACUGA